AUGGAAACAAGGGGAGCUCUCAAGAAAAAGGCAAAUGUAGCACUCAUCUCUCAGAUCGAACCAAAGAAGGUUGAGGAAACCUUAAAAGACUCCAGCUGGGUACAAUCAAUGAAGGUGGAACUCGAUCAAUUUGAUAAAAAACAAGUCUGGGAAUUACUACCUAAGCCUGCAAAUGCCACUAUAGUUAGAACCAAAUGGGUUUUCAAAAAUAAGCUUAAUGAAGGUGGAAAGGUUGUGAGAAACAAAGCCAGAUUAGUAACCCAAGGCUACUCACAGCAGGAAAGAGUCGACUACGACGAAACCUCUACACCAGUAGCUCGACUAGAGUCUAUACAGAUUCAUCUUGCAUAUGCAUCCUUUAAACGAUUUAGACUUUUCCAGAUGGAUGUCAAAAGCGCUUUUAAAUGGCUUUAUUAA